GCCCCGCCAAGGGCCCCGCGGGACCCGCAGGGCGUUCGGGGCGCCGGCUGGGGGGUGGCGGAGCGGCCCUGGGCCGGCUGGGAGAGGCGCAGUCCUGCUCCACCCGCGGGGAAAGAGCGGGUCGGACUGCGGGGCUUGCCCCAGGGGGGGCUUUGCUGGAGCACCGCCCCGGCCUGGAAGAGGCGCUUUAGAGCCCCGGGGGUCCCUGCCUUCUCUGCACCCCCUCUCACCCACCCGCACCUGUGAUCGCCCCUGGGGCUGACUUCCUUUCCUUCCCUGCGGGUCCUGCUAAGAAGGAUCAUCAGAUGGUUUGUCUCAAAGUUUAAGUACAUAUUCGGCCUUCGUUUUGAGAUAAAGGGUCUCCAGAAGCUGGAGGUGGACCACCCCUGUGUCAUCAUUUCUAACCACCAGAGCAUCCUGGACAUGAUGGGCCUGAUGGAGGUCCUACCUGAGCGCUGCGUGCAGAUCGCCAAGCGGGAACUGAUCUUCUUGGGGCCCGUGGGCCUGAUCAUGUACCUCGGGGGCAUCUUCUUCAUCAACCGGCAGCACUCCAGGACUGCCAUGACCGUGAUGGCCGAUGUGGGCAAGCGCAUGGUCAGGGAGAACCUCAAAGUGUGGAUCUACCCUGAGGGCACGCGGAACGACAAUGGAGACCUGCUACCUUUCAAGAAAGGCGCCUUCUACCUGGCGAUCCAGACCCAGGUGCCUAUCAUCCCCGUGAUAUACUCCAGCUUCUCCUCCUUCUACAACCCCAAGACGAAGCUCUUCAGCUCAGGAACGAUCAAGGUGGAGGUGCUGGAUGCCAUCCCCACCAGUGGUCUCACUGUUGCCGAUGUCCCCAAGCUGAUGGAUACCUGCUACCAGGCCAUGAGGACCACCUUCCUCCGCAUAUCCAAGACACCCCAGGAGAACGGGGAAACUGCAGGGCCUGGUUGCCAGCCAGCCCAGUAGCCGAGGCCUGGGGUGGGGCAGGACCUGGGGACAGGAUGGGGCGGGCCGGGGACAGGACCUGGCUGGAGAAGGGACAGAGGAACCUCUUCCCCUGCCCCGGCUGCUAAAUAUCACUGUGUCCUGCUCCCGAGGAUCCCCCCGCUUUCAUUCGGGCCCUGGAUGCAGGAGGCUGCCUCCUGUCAUUGGCCUCGGAUGUCCCCCCAAAAGGAGAGUCAGCUGGAACCUUCCCUAGAAGCCCACACUUGUGCCUCUCGGACUCGGGAGCAGGCGAAGGACCAGCUGGGCCGACAGGCAGGGCCUCGGGACGAAUGGCCAGGGCUGAGACGCUCCACCCUCCUGCCUGGGCCUGUGGGGCGUGGAGGCCGGCUGGGCGGCCGGCCCUCUGGGAGAAAUGGGACUCUGCGGGGGGGUAGGGGGGGUGGCUGGACACCCGGUCUUGUACAACCUGGGCCCAGGGAGAGCCACACAGCAGAGGUCCUUGCUCCGCUGGCCUUGGGAGCAAGCCGGCCAAACAGGCACUGCACGCCGUCAGUGUUUUUUAAUAAAUGAACCCUCGGAAGCA